GGAAGCCAGAGACAAACCAGUGAGUGCCUCGGAGGUUCGAGCGGGUUAAAAUAAAUAAAAGGUUCCAAGCAUUCCCAAGGUUGGCACGUGUUGAGAAUGUCACGUGACUGAACGCCACACUGCGCCACCUCGACGCGACGGGAGCUACGCGACGCGACUUAUCUAAGCUCCGCCGUCUUUCAACACUCGUCAUUCCAUCCUUCCUCCAUUCCCUCCUCCACACCACGCCGGCGCAUCUUACGGCCUAUACCCGGGCCCUAAAUCAUCUCAAGAUGCCUCCCGCACUGCCACAGAAGCGUGUUCUUGCCGACACAACUAAGAGCCGCGCCAAUGUUCAGGCGUCUCCCCGGACCGCGAAGCGCGUGAAGCUCGACCAUGCUGCAAACCAGAACGGCGGCCUGAGGGCUAAGGGCAUCAAUGGGUCGUUCAACUCUAGCCAGCCCAAGAGCCAGUUUGAAGAGGAUAUGGAAAAGAUGUCCCAGGACAUCGAGAACCUGAAGCAGACGAACACAGAGAAAGACCAGCAUUGGGCUCGGCCACCACUGGUCGACUUCGACGCGACGCGCCAGAAUUUGUGUUUUCAGCAGAUUGAAGUCGAGGAGGGUGCGCUGAGCGGUGGGAAGACCGCGAUCAAGCUCUUCGGGGUCACCGAGGACGGCCACUCCGUACUCUUACACGUCAUGCACUUUCUCCACUACUUCUACGUCGCUGCGCCCGUUAACUUUGGUAAGAAUGAUUGCGAGCAAUUCAAGAACUUCCUUGAAGCAGAGUCACAGAAGGCAUUCAACCAGCACACGGCCGUUGUGCACUCGGUGCAGAUGACCAUGAAGGAGAAUAUGUAUGGCUUCCAAGGCAACCAAAGAAGCCCAUACCUCAAGAUUUCGGUCACCGAUCCAAGGUUCAUCAAUCGCGUCCGGAGGCUCGUGCAGGAUGGUGCUGCAAAUUGGAAGGGACUGUGGACCCGGCAGGAAGGUGGCAUCCUUACAUUCGACAACAUCCAAUACGUGCUGAGAUUCAUGAUUGACACCAAGAUCUCGGGUAUGUCGUGGGUCGAAGUCCCAGCUGGAAAGUACAGGAUGAUCCCACCCCGCGAAAGACACUCCAACUGCCAAAUCGAGGCCGCAGUCCACUACGCAGACUUAAUCGCUCAUCCAACUGAUGGUGAGUGGGCGAAGAUGGCGCCUCUCCGCAUCCUUUCCUUUGAUAUCGAAUGCGCUGGUCGCAAGGGUAUCUUCCCGGAGCCGACUGUGGACCCCGUCAUCCAGAUCGCAAACGUCGUUACCAGAUAUGGCGAGGAUAAACCGUUUAUCAGGAACGUGUUCUGCAUGGAUACGUGCAGUCAGAUUGUCGCAACACAGAUUCUCGAGUUCGAUGAUGAGGCCAAGAUGCUCAUGAGGUGGCGUGACUUCCUGGAGGAGGUGGACCCGGACGUUAUCAUCGGAUACAACAUCUCCAACUUCGACUUCCCAUAUCUCCUUGAUCGCGCGAGAUAUUUGAAGGCGACAAAGUUCCCGUACUGGUCACGCUUGAGGAACAAAGAAUCCAAAGCUGAGUCGUCCACCUUUUCAAGCAAGCAGCUCGGGGCGCGCGACACGAAGACCACCAACACGAAUGGUCGCUUGCAAAUUGAUUUACUUCAACUUGUACAACGCGACUAUCAACUACGAAGUUAUACAUUGAACGCUGUUUGCGCUCAUUUCUUGAAAGAACAGAAGGAAGAUGUACACCACAGUAUGAUCACCGAGCUUUAUAACGGCGAUUCAAACUCUCGGCGGAGAUUGGCAGUUUACUGCCUGAAAGACGCGUAUCUACCCCAACGUCUGCUAGACAAACUGAUGGCUCUUGUCAACUACACUGAGAUGGCAAGAGUCACUGGUAUCCCCUUCAAUUUCCUUCUUGCACGAGGACAGCAGGUCAGGUUCAUGAGCCAACUCUUCCGCAGAGCUUUGGAACAAAGUCUGGUUAUUCCCGACCUGAGCAACCCCGGCGGCAACGAUGGAGAUCAAUACGAAGGUGCCACUGUCAUCGAACCGAAGCGUGGCUACUACGAUGUCCCGGUCGCAACACUUGAUUUCGCUUCGCUAUAUCCCAGCAUCAUUCAGGCGCAUAACCUCUGCUACACCACCUUACUGAGCAAGCAGUCAGUGGAGAAGCUAAACUUGAAGAAAGAUGAGGAUUACAUAGUGACACCAAAUGGCGACUUGUUCUGUACGGCCAAGGUGCGCAAGGGACUGUUGACCCAAAUUCUCGAGGACUUGCUGCGUGCACGGAAACAGGCGAAACGAGACUUGGCGGUCGAAACGGACCCUUUCAAAAAGGCAAUACUAAACGGUCGCCAGCUUGCGUUGAAGGUCACAGCGAACUCUGUAUACGGUCUGACCGGUGCGACAAACGGGAAGCUGCCUUGUCUUGCAAUCGCCAGUAGCACCACUAGUUACGGCCGGCAAAUGAUUGAGAAGACAAAGCACGAAGUCGAGCUGAAGUACACAAUGGCCAAUGGCUAUAGCCAUGAUGCGGAGGUCAUUUAUGGUGACACCGACUCCGUUAUGGUCAAGUUUGGUACUACGGAACUUGCAGAGGCCAUGAAGCUUGGCCAAGAGGCAGCCGAUUACGUCUCUGGCAAGUUUGUCAAGCCUAUCAAGCUGGAAUUCGAGAAGGUCUACUUCCCCUACCUGUUGAUCAACAAGAAGCGGUAUGCUGGAUUAUACUGGACAAAUCCCAACAAGUGGGACAAAAUGGAUACGAAGGGUAUUGAAACGGUCCGCCGUGACAACUGCCGCCUUGUGCAGACGGUGAUUGAGACGUCUUUACGAAUGUUGUUGAUUGACCGCGAUGUCAAUGGCGCUCAAGAAUUCGUGAAAGAGACCAUAUCCGAUCUUUUACAAAACAAGAUCGAUAUGUCUAACCUUGUUAUUACGAAAGCACUAACGAAACAAGAGGGUAAAGAUGGCUCAGGCGGUUACACCGCGAGACAGGCGCACGUUGAACUGGCCGAGCGCAUGAAGAAGCGCGACGCCGGCUCUGCACCAGCGCUUGGAGAUCGUGUUGCCUAUGUCAUCGUCAAAGGGGCUGGCGGCUCUAGGAACUAUGAAAAGUCCGAGGAUCCCAUAUAUGUGCUUGAGAACAACAUCCCGAUCGAUACCAAGUACUACCUGGACAACCAACUCGCCAAACCACUAGGCCGUAUCUUCGAGCCCAUACUUGGGGAGAAGAAGGCCAAUCAGCUCCUCACUGGCGAGCACACUAGAUCCAUCUCGGUCGCUGCGCCGACAAUGGGUGGUCUGAUGAAGUUCGCAAAGAAGACUCAGACGUGCAUGGGAUGCAAGAAACCCCUCGUCAGUGCAGAAGAGAAGGAUGGUGCCGUCUGUGCCAACUGCCGUCCUAGGAUCGGUGAGCUGUAUCAGAAGACCCUGUCCAAAGUCAGCGAACUGGAGGUUAGAUUCGCACGUCUCUGGACCCAGUGUCAAAGGUGCCAGGGCAGUAUUCACUGCGAAGUCAUUUGUUCGAGUAGGGAUUGCCCCAUCUUCUACAUGCGGAUGAAGGCCAGGAAGGAUGUGGAAGAUGCUGGGAAGGACCUCGUUCGCUUUGACCAUGAUGCAGCCUUAUGGUAAUUGCGGUGAGCGAGGCCUGGGCGCCGGUGCUUUUUCUGUCAUUCAAGAUAAUGUCUGCAUGCCUACUUGUGUUCUCUUAUGGUUAUGAGCGUAUACAUCUUGCAUUGGGUAA